AAUCGCCUUAGAGGUGCCAGGGUCGAAUUAAGGGGGAUCAGUUAGCACGAUUGUAAGAGAGAGAGGCUGUGAGAGAGAUUCUGUGGUGAAUAUCCUAUGUUCAGACCAGGGAAUAAUUCCAUGGAGAGAGGCAGAAGAUAUGCCCACAUAAUCUUUGUGAAAUUGUGAGAGAGUAGGAGAGAGAAAAUGUGUAGAAAUAUAUGUGGGAAGUCACCCUAUAGAGAGAUUCAAUUGUGUGCUACAAAAGAGAAGUGAGUGUGAUGAAAAUGCCCGAGAAAAUAUUGCGUUUCGUACCUUUCCCAAACGGUUUUCGGUAUUUUCAAAUAGUAGCGACUCAAACGUCGCGGCGUUAACACGUUAUUUUUCUAUUAUCCUCCCGGAUAUACUCAAAACUAUAUAAUUUUUAAACUAAAAAAAGGCCAAAGUGAAGAAGUACAUUCGCAAAAAAUAAAUAAAUAAAUAAAUAAACAGAAAUAAUUUUGGUCAGACAAUUUUUCUACUUUACGUGUGAAUUUAAUCCAAUGUGUUAUGGAGUUUUCCGCGUGAUUUUCAACGGGAAAAUCAAAAGCAAAAAGAGUUUUAUUUCAACGUGAAUUCAAUGCAUUUCUUUUAUGCCCCUCACUUAAGACAAUUUAUUUAAGAGAGGGUAGUUCUUUGCUUUAAAUAAAGAUUUUUGCAAUGUGAUUAUUGACAAAAAGAAAAGUUGGUGAAGAAAUUGUGUCCAAGAAUAAUCAAAGCAUCGAAUUAACAACGAAGAUUUGUGAUUAAGAAUAUUAACAAGAAGUGAACUCUUUUGUGACACAAUACAAGAAAUUGAUGACUUGAGAUAUUUGAAUGUGAAUACAAGAACAAAGCCAAAUUUGUGCGCAAAUUUAUUAGUCAACGAAGGAAAAUUUCCCAAAAAAUUGGAAAAUAGUCGGUGAGAUGGAUCACAUGAUAUCCAACAAGUCCAAGUGAUUUAGCUGCCAAUAUUUACCAAAGAAAAAAAAUCACCAGAGUUUGAGGGACAUUCCCAUCGAAUUUAUGUGGCAGUGCUCACGGUGAUUGUUACAUUGUGCAUUACAACAAAGGAUUUCAAAUGUUGUCUUGCCUAGUUCCACGUUUUGCCUCCGAAGACAAGAUAAUGCCAUCAUCGAGUCCAUUUGCAUUGCAGUAUCCAUCGCUGGCAUCGGGACUUCACAAGGACAAUGACACAGCACCAUCUGCCGCCCCACACACAGAAUACUCCAUCAAUUGCCCCCAGUGCCACGUAGGACUGCCGGGUUUUCAGGCGUGGAAGGAACAUGUGGACUAUGCCCAUCCGAUGGGCGAAAAAUCACCACAUGAGGCAGCUGGAUCGCCGAAUCUUCGGCACCAUCAGUCCAUGACACCUUCGCCACCUCUGGCUCUGGCCACUUCCACGGCGGCCAGCGGCUCCCUGCAGAAGACGCCACUCCUGACGUCAUCUGCGUCACCGUCGUCAGCGUCCAUUUCAGUGAAGAGUGAAGAAGGUGGUGGGCGUUCAACAAGUCCCAGUUCCUCACUCGAUGGGCCCCACGCAUGCGUCCAGUGCUCCGCCUCGUUUCAGAGUCGUGAUUUGCUCGAAAAACAUGAAUUGCUCCACUCACCGAAUGGAACUGUGAGCUGCAAGACAUGCCACAAAGUCUUUGCAAAUGUCUAUAGACUGCAGCGUCAUAUGAUAAGUCAUGAGGAAUCGGCUCUCCUGAGAAAAUUCAAAUGCACAGAUUGCGAUAAAGCUUUUAAGUUUAAGCAUCACCUCAAGGAACAUGUGAGAAUCCAUUCGGGCGAGAAGCCCUUUGGCUGCAACAAUUGCGGCAAGAGAUUCUCCCAUUCGGGUUCCUAUUCCAGCCACAUGACCUCCAAGAAGUGCAUCAGCAUGGGACUUAAGCUGGGCACUGGGAUUCCUGGAGGACGAACUGGGCGCAAUGGCAUGGAUAAAAAUUCGAGUAUUCUGGCCCAGAAGCGUGCUCAGCUCUUUCAUCAGCCUCUUGGUGUCAAUCUGGCUGGGAGUCUGCACAACAACAACAAUUCCACCAAUUCCAAUCAUAAUGCCUUCCUGCCCAUCUUGCCAAAGUACGGCAAUAACUACGAUGCCAUGAAUGUGGCUAUCUUUGCAUCCUUCCAGCAUCCCUGGAUGGCUGCCCUGGAUCCGCGCAAUUCCCCAGCUUUCAAUCCCUACAGCCUGCAGAGGCUACUGGAACUCACGGCAGCUGGCCAGCAUCACACCUCCAUGGAGGCUCUGCUGAAAGCUUCGAGAUCCAAUGACACAAAGACACCAAGUCUACAUUCCGAUCCUGAGGACAUGAUUGAGGAGGUCACAGAGGACAAUGCUGAUGAUGGUCCGAAACUCGUGAUGGACAUCGAUGAGAAAGUGAGUGAGAAGAGUGAAGUGAAGCAGGACAGGGAGAAUUUGUCAAAUGGAAUUGCCGGAACUUACAAUUCCAUCCUGGAAUCGGUUAAUGCUUCAGUAACUCAGCAUCUGCUGAAGUCCAAUAUGUGCAAGAUGGAAACACCUCCACCAUCUGAGCAAGAUGUUCAGUCGCCACCCAAUGGAUUCCCAGAGAUGACCAGUAGCGAGGAGCGUCAGAAUCUUCAGUGUCAGCACUGCGAUAAGACUUUCAAUCAUCGCACGGAACUCGUGCAGCAUGAAAAAGUCCUCUGUGGCUCUUUGAUGUUCCGGAAGCAUGAGAGCCUUGCUGCCCAGGUGGCUGAGACUCUGGCACUGAACAACUACCUGGCAGCUGCAGCGUCCGGGAGUGAAGAUGAUGCAGAGGAGAGAGAUGCAAAAACGAAUGCCGAGGGAGAGCGUAAGGUCAGAGUUCGCACGGCUAUUUCGGAGGAACAACAGGCUGUACUCAAGGAGCACUAUGCCGUCAAUCCUAGGCCCAGCCGAGAGGAAUUUCGCUCAAUAGCUGCCCGGCUGAUGCUGGAUCCGCGAGUGGUGCAGGUUUGGUUCCAGAACAAUCGAUCGCGCGAGAGGAAGCUCAAUAACAUCGGAAUGAUGAAGCAGUCCUUCACACGGGCAGGAUCUCCCUUCAGCACCACUGGGACCAUUGACUGGGAUCAACCGUUGGACUUGUCCAUCAAAAAGGAUUCCAGGGAAUCUCAGGCUCAUGACACAGCAACUCCGUCAAAUUCCCCGCGGUACGGAACAGCUCCUCUUCAAUCGACCACAAGUGGUCAGGAGGAAGUCAUGAAUCUCAGCCAUAAAUCCUCCCGCAGCCCAACGCCCUUCAGGCCUCUGCAUCUCUACGGAGCGACGCUGAGUAAUCGAAUGGAUGCUCUAGUGCGUCAGACACCGUCGCCCAAUGAGGCUGUGCCUCGACAUACUCCCUACGUCCUGCCCAGUGCUGCCCUGGGUCUGGUACCCAUGGAACGCCUGCUGCAGAUGACACCAGAAAUGGCCAGGAAUCCGCUGCUGGGCCUCAAGGGGGAGCGUGGCAAUAGCCUGAGUCCGGGCAGUGAGAAAAGAUCGUGGAAGGAUGAGGAGUCAAGGGUGUCUAUGGAGGGGGGAAUCGACGUGGCCAAUGGGCAGAUGAAUGUCGGGCACCAGAACAAGAGAAUGAAGAUGGAACCGGAGCAGGAGGGGCAGUUUGUGUGUGACCAAUGCGAUAAGGCCUUCAGCAAGCAGAGUUCCCUAGCUCGCCACAAAUAUGAGCAUUCAGGUCAGAGACCUUACAAGUGUGCCGAGUGUCCGAAGGCCUUCAAGCACAAGCACCAUUUGACGGAGCACAAGAGACUCCACAGUGGCGAGAAGCCCUUCCAGUGUUCCAAGUGUCUCAAGAGAUUCUCCCAUUCGGGCUCCUACAGUCAGCACAUGAAUCACCGAUACUCCUACUGCAAGCCCUACCGAGAGUAGAGAGAAAUGUUGCCAAAGGACGCUCCGGACAAUCCCCUGUGGAUUUGUCCAAGGACCUUCCCAUGUAAGUCGCAUUUCUUUUCUCUCUUAUGAGCAAAAAAAAAUCCUCCGAAAGGACAAAUUCUGCCCAGUUAAAGACGUUUCCUAUGUGAUGCUUUUAAGAAAUCGAAUACAGUUUUUUUUCAUGGCAAGUACAUAAAAUUAGAGAUGUUAUUUCAAAAACGAAAAAGAGAAAAUUCAUUUCACAUCAGUACUUAAGGGAAUUUUCAUUUUUUUGGAAAGAGAUAGAAAUGAGAAAAAAACAACGAAUGUCAUUCCUUUUAAAAAAAAAAAGAAAGUUUAAUGUAUUUCUAAGAAGUUUUUUUUUUGCUAUGAAAAACCAGUGUAAUUUUUUCUAUAAAUGUAUUAAAAUUUAAGUCAAGCAUCAUUAAGAAUUUGCCAUAAUUUUUCUUUCUUAUAAGAAAAAGUCUAUCUAGGUUUAGGAAAGUAAAUUUUAUAAAAUAUCUUUUAUUUUUAAGAUGAUUUUUAGUUAGGAAUAUUUUUUCUUCGUGAAUUUCUCUCAAAUUACUCUUACAAAUAAGAAAAAAAUAUGGAUGAGUUUAUCUAUUCUUAAUUUGAAUUGAUUUUUUUUUGUAUAUAAAAACUUUGAAAAAAAGGGAAUUAAAUUGAUUUUUCUUUUUGCUUAAAAUGUGAAUUUUUCUUUAAUUCUUGGUUGCCAUAAAUUGAAAAAUUGGUACCUGCAACAAUACUCAAUUGUCUUUCCUUCAAACUCUCCUCCUUUCGCUUUAUAAGGUUUAGAUCAUUAGAAUUCUCGUAGAUUAUUUUAUGUUUAUUCAAUUUCUUCAUUUAUUAAUUUUUUUGUUGAUUCUUUUACUAUUUUUUUGUCAAAGGGCUGGGUAGAGCAAUUUCCUUUGGACCUCAUUCGGUUAUUGGGAAAAGGGGUUACUUUGAAAUUGGAGGUUAUGUUAGGUCUAACCUCAAAAGGCACGGUAAUAUUUUCAAAAAGAUAAAUAAAUAAUUAGUCAAGUGCACUUUUUAUUACAGAUUUAAACAUUAGAGAUGCAAGUAAUGUUCUUUUUCUUUAAAUUUCAACAGAAAACUUAGAAAUUCUAGACCCAAAUAUAUUGAGGUUAGGAUUUAUUAUUUUGGGGUUAUUUUUGACUACCAUCCAAAUACUCUUAAGCAAAUCACACUAAACAUGUGGUAAAUGCAAUUAAUUACGAAAAAGGUUCUCAAAAUUAUUUAUUCAACUCAAAAAUUUGAAUAAAUGUGAGGUUAUGUCAAGAGGUAGCCUUAUAAUUCACGUUUAUAUUACAGAAAUUGAAUUUAAAAGAUGAAAACUAGAAAACUUUUUAUAAAUGAAUUUUGCCAUUGCUUAAAGUUUGUUGAAAAUAAGGUUUUGAACUAAUUAAAUUAUAACCUUUAAAUUUUAUAACAUAAAAAAUAACAUUUUUUUGUAAAGCAAAAUUUCAGGAAGGAUAUCUGAUAAAUUUGCUAAAGACUGUUUGCGAUUUACUUAUUUUCCGAUAUUUCUGUUAUUACGGGCCUAAUUCAUGAUUUAGUAAUGAAGUUAUGUAUAAUCAAACCUUCAAAAGAAGACCAUCUCAUAACAGAAACUAUUUUAAGCUCAAUGUAUCAAGCAAUUUGCUUUGAUAAUUAAAAAGAUCGAUAGAAAUAUUUUUAGUGUUUAGAAUUUGCUAUGCUUUUUGAGGUUUUGAGGGCUAUUCUAACCUCAAAAACUUACUUUUUUAAUUAAAAAAGUAGGAUUUUUUUACGAAAACUGCAAUGCUUUUUAUAUAAAAGAUUUAAGAGAUUACUUUUGAUCCGAUUAGUAAAGAGGCGACUGCUUGCAUCUGGUUAAGUAAGAAAGAAUUAUAACCUUCUUUUUGAGGUUAGGUUUAAGGUCUAUUCGGUUAACUUCAAAUAGAAGAAAUUUCAUGACAUUUUAUUCAAUUCGGACGAACUUUUCGACUAAAAGCAGGGGGUGAACAAGUAGAGCCAGCGAGUGAUCCGUGAGUGACAGAUCGGCAAAUCACGCCAAUCUGUUGCAAAGAUAGCGAUAAUCGGUCUCCAAGAUCGUACUAAUUGCGCGAUCAGUCUUCAAGCUCGUCGCGCAGAUUUCGACAAUCAGUCUCCAAGAUCGAACUGAUUGCGCGAUCAGUCUCCAGGAUCGCGCAGAUUGCGACAAUCAGUCUACAAGAUGGCGCUGAUUGCACGAUCAGUCUCCAAAAUUGAACUGAUCCUACGAUCAGUCUCCAGGAUCGCACUGAUCGGCACCCAAAGUGAACCGUGAGCGACAGACUUGUUUACCUAUUGACUAAAAGCUUGAGAAUUAAAACUUUAAUUCAAUUUCCAGCGCCACUAGUGGGAGAAAUAUUGCCUUCAUACAAAUAAAAACAUUGCCAACAUCAAAGAAUAUUCGACAAUGUAUUUUUGUCUACAUUCUUUGUCUCUAAAUGUUUAAAUAAAUGAAAAAAAUGCACUUGAAAAAUGUUAUUUAACGAAAACCUUAGAAUUGAGGUUAGAUUUUUUAGGUUAGAUCUUCCAUAACCUCAAAUAGCAAACUAAUCCCAUUUCCAGGUAAGAAAAUGAGUUCCUACAUUUUUCCUUACUACUUAUACUUUAUUGAUUAAUAAUUUUCGAAACGCGUAGUUUUUCUUUUGUUAAAAACCACUGGGGCGAAUUUUUAAAGAAUAGAAAUAAAAAAAAACUCACAAAAGGAGGAUUAAAUAGAAUAAAAAAUAUGAAGAAAAUACGCAUUUUUGGACCACACGGUGUUAACAUGACAAUACAAUGUAAUAUUUUAAUCUUUAAUAAAAAAAAUUUAAAAGAAAAUCUAAUUAAAUAUACGACUUAGAGAAACGAAGGGGGAGGGGAAGAGACUAAAAAGAAGAUAAAAAAAAUACUCAGAAAGCCAACGAAAAAAGCUCAAAUAAUUUUUCACCAAAGAAACUAAUUUGUCACUUUCCUUGCUCAAGAAAAAAAACGGGAAAAUUCUUGCUCAAAAAAAAUCUCCCUCAUUUUUCUUUCCUCCACUGGAGAUAAAAAAAAAACUGAACCAGAAUCUAGAGUGGAAAUGUAAGAAAUUGAUAAAAUACUGUAAGGAAUUCUAAAGAAAAAAAAAGCUCUCUGUAAAUAGCUGUAGAAAAAUAUUUCCAUGACAAAAAAAAAUUUCAGUAGAUUCUAAAGUAGAUUGCAAAUGCUCAAAGGCACUUUAUAAUACAAAUAUUUCCACUUCCUCUUCUCUCGAUACUUUUUUUUUUUGGUUAUAGUCCAACAGGAAAAAAUAAUUUUUGAACUUUUCCUCACAGAAAGCUCAAAAAUUGAGUCUGAAGAAAAGUUUUUUUCAAGUCACAUUUUUUUUGUUUUCAAUCUUUCUCCUCUAAAAGUAGAUGCAAAAAAAUUGAAAAAAAGAACAAAAGUAUCCUCAAAAUACUAGACUUAAAAAAAUUAGAAUUCUAGUGAAGAAAAAAAACAAGAUUACAUAAAACUAAUAAGAAAAAAAAACUACGACCUGUGUUGGCAUUAAAUUAGAAAAAAAAAACAUAACACUUUGCAGCAAUUUUGAACUGGUUUUUUUGUUUCAGUUCUCAUGCCUUUUUUUUAUUUUUGGGGUCGAGUGAUUUACGAAAAUGCUUGAAAUUUUGACUUCAAUUUGCUUUUGCGCCUGCAAUCUAGGCAAAUCUGUUUCUGCUGUUUUUUUGGUUUUUAGGUGACCAUAUUUCCGAUUCUACUGAACCAAUUAUUUCUUUACAAGGCAAAAAUCAAAGGUCUUUGAAAGACUGAUAAAUUCCAAAACUAGUAAAGUUUGUUAGAUCAAUACUAAAAGCGAAAAACAAACACAAAAGAUCUGCUUCUGAAUAGUUCUUGAAUAAAAAAAUAUACUCAUUUACCCAGUCCUUCAGGGCUCAUAAAAACAGAAGAAAAUUAAGAAAAUUUCCCAUAGUGUUUAGUUUCUGAGCUAAAAUCUCUUUAUCGUCUGUUAUAAUCCCUCCAAAAGUGUCUUGGAUAAAAUAGAAAGUCUUGAAAAUUUCUUUUACAAAAGUAGCGCUACAGAACGGUAUUGAAAAAAUAAAGGACAUGAAGUAAUCAUCCUUUGUAUGAAACCCGUUUCAUUAAAGGAUUUAGUGCUACGAAUAUCACAUUUUACUUUUUUUCUGUUUUAUUCGAUUAACAGCUAAUUAAAAAAACGAGAGAUUUUCGAAAAUAUUUCGAUCAUUUGAACUUUCUUGCUUCAUUCAUAGCUGGAGAUUUAAAAAUUCUAAGAUCGGUUUCAAAUGCUAAAUACAAGACAUUUUUACUUCUCGUUUUGUCUGCGUGGUACCAGAAAGACAUCCUGUUCGAAUUCCAAAGUGUCGUAGAUGUCAGUCUUCACUUUUAAAUGGGAAAAAAUAAAGCAAUAACUCUCACAAUACUCCUGAUUGCAUUAUAAUUUUGCUUAUAAUCAAUUCUUUCACAUAUAUUUCUUUUAACAGCUUGUUAAUGUGGUAUUUCAUAAUUUUGUCGCAAUUGAGUUCCAUUUACCUUUUAUCCAAGACACUCUUGGAGAAUCAAACUCAAGCUGUGAAUGGAAAGUCUAAGGAAAUUUUCUGCAUCGAAAGAUAGACUAAAGUGAGCUGAGGUAAAAUUUGUAUUUCGAAAGAGACAUUACGAAAAAAAUAUAAUUCGAAAGCCCUAUUUCGAAUUAAAACACCCCAAUUGAACUUUAGCUUUGUAUUGUUUUGCAUAUCUUUUGGAGCAUAAAAUAUUCCGGUCGGAGGCAGCCAAAAUCCCGAAAGCCAAAAUCUCAAACGCAAAAAUCCCGAAACCCAAAAUCCGGAAAGGGAUGACAUUAUAUGGAGGAUAAUGUGAAGAAUAAUUUCCCAAGACACAGAAAACUUCCCUUUGCCUCCACAGCAAGCGCGGGUGCAAUCGUAAGAGUAGCAUUUUUAAAAAUUCGGGAUUUUGGGUUUCAGAAUUUUGAUCGGGACUCGUUUCAUUCCAUAAAAUGGUUCCAGUUUGAUCCUGAGUGGAGGCAGGAUUUUUUCCUGUCCCCACUCUGAAGAAAACUGGAUGAUUUGAGUGACACUUGCUCUGGUUGACUAUUUUCUGUACAUAAAUACAAUUAACAUUGAACUAAAGUUCGUAAAAUUCUCACAUAAAAUGUUUCUACUUCGAAAAGUGUUCGAAAUUCAAAUAUUUCGGACAUUGCACCUAUCUUGAACCAGCUGUUUUUUUGUAAAUUUUUCAAAAGAUAUUUGUUGUUUUUUUUUUCAAUGUAUCCGUGGAAAAAUUGUAAAAUGCUUGACGUUGCAUUGAGUUAAAAUUUUCCAUACAUCUUUGGAAUUCCUUUCGACUUAUAUUUGUGCGAAUCAAGUAAGACUUCAUUCAAUAGUGUCUUAGAUAAAAGAUAAAUGGAACUCUAUUUGCACAAAAACUCGUUGAUAUUCGAAGAGUUCAAAUUCAAUUUCGAAUUUUCAUACUAAAUUCUCGAACAAGGUGGGGAAAAUUUAUGAAAUAUUGAACUAAAAAGCUCGCAAAAGAAUUACGCAGUUAUUAUGAAAUGAUUAACUAAUUGAACAAAAAGAAUAAAUGUCAUUUCUUUGUGUUUUUCCUCACAAAAAAGUGAAGACCAAUACAUUUUGACACUUGAGCACUUCGAAAUUCGAACAGGAUGUACCUCAGCCAUCUUGCGAAAAUAGAUUCCAAAUAGAUCUUCGAAUUUUUCAAGACCUACCUGUGACUGAUAAGAACAGGGGGAUUUUGAUUCGAAACCUUCAUUGCGAAAUGAAAUACCCCAACUAAACUUUAGUUUUGUUAUUGUUUUGCUUAUUUUUCAGAACAUAAAAUGUCCUAUUUCGAAAAUUUUCUUGUAUUCGAAAUUCAAAUAUUUCAGAUCUGGACGCUGUUCUGAAUCAGCUGUUUCUUUUUUAAUUCUUAAAAAGAUGUUUUUUUCGAUUUAUUCGUGGAAAAAUUGGAAAAUGCUUGAUCUUGCAGUCUGUUAAAGUUUGCCAGACUUCCUUGAAAUUUCCUUUCGACUUAUAUUUGUGCGAAUAAAGUGAGAAUUUAUAAUACAAAUAAACAAUUUAUUGUUAACAGAGGGAAUCGUAUGAUAUUUUUCUUAAAUUACCAACAAUAUUGACACAAAAGCCUUUAAAAGGGGCGAGUUUGAUACAGAAGAUAGUACUCCACAUCCUCCUCUUUUCAGAAAUGAUCAUCUCUAUAGUUAAAAAAUAUCAGUCUCACAGACUUUCUAUUUUAGCCGGGACACACUAGGAGAGAUUGUGACUUCGCUGUGGGAAAUUUUCUUACAAACCGCUGCAUAGCAUUUCGAAAUGCACUUCGGGUGCAUUUCGAAAAGGCCUUUAAUAGAAGAAAACUAUUAAAAUAAAUUUCUGAAAUGAAACUAUAUCGCCUCAGGUGUAGGUUUUACAAACUUCGCUAGUUCUACAUAAUUGUCGGCAAUUUAGAGGUCUUUAAACCUUUCCUUAAAAAGAAUAAAAUUGGUUCAGUAGAAUCACUAGAAAUGUGGAAAUGGAAUUGCCUAAAUUUCGGUGCCGAAUCUAAUUUAAAUCAAAAUUAUAAACAUUUUUAUAAAAUAGUGGAUCCAACAAAUAAAAAAUAGCAUUAGAACUGGACAGAAGAUCAUCGCUGCAUAGUGUACUUGAGUCUAAUUCACAUUGAAGCUUUAGCAAAGCUUUUUCCAAAAGUAAAACCAUGUCAGCCAAUAGGAAACGAUCAUUUCCAAUAUGGCGGAUGAAUGCUCGACUCCUAUUGGCUAAUGCAUUUUUCUGACGUAAAAAAGCUCCAGUGCUUUUCUAUUGAAUGUGAAUUGGACUUGAAUGAUAAAGAAAAUUUAUUAGACGAUGGAAAGAAUAAAAGCCCCUAAACAUUAUUGCAAAACAAAAAUUCAUUGAAUCUAUAUAUUGCAUAGGAAUAUAACUCUAAAAAGAAAAGAAUGAAGGAAAGAAAAAUUAGGUUUAAGUAAUUUAAUACAAUGUGUCUUUUUAAUUAUUAAAUUUGCUAAAGAAAAAAAA